GUUAUCUUAUCGGCUUACACACCCAGUAAAUCAUUCCAACAGUUAUAACAACUGCGUAGGAAUUUUGACAGUGCCAUGGAAAUAAAAGAGGAUGAAGAACUGGAGGAGGUUUCUCCAACCACCAGAAUAUCCAAAGAACUUAUCCUUAAACGCAUGCAAGAUUUCUCCUACUACUUGACCCGUUACAUCGAAGGCGACUUCAACUUUUUCAUGGCACUCUUAGAUGACAGCAAAGUACCAGAAAAACCCAACGGCUUAGUUGUCUCUCUUGGUAGUGCUGCAGCGACAACAAUUCCACUAGUUGGUAAAGCAGUGGGCUCAGGUCUUCAGAAAGGCGUACCCUGGUUGCAUAAAAUAUCCGACCGAAAAGACUCGAAGCGUUUGGCAGACUUGGUGUACUUUCAAAAUAACAACAAGGAACAAGUUCGGAAGAUGAUAAUUGAAGCAGCGAUCGAAACGUUCUUCUGUUUUGAGUAUCAGUUUCGCAACUUGACUAGUAAAGGAGGUCCUAGACGUGCUAUGCAGAAGUUAGCUAAAGACACAGCUCACCGAAUUCUCACCUACCUCAUUAAGAACAAACAAGACACGAAUAUCACCAAAGACGACUUUUCCAAAGGUGUCAUUAAUGGUACUUCAUUACUCAACAAGUGCAAGAUAGACGACGGAAAAACCGUUCGCUAUGGGACCACAGAAUGGAAAACUUUGCAUUUAUACACAAAAGUGGGUCUUUUCGUUGAAGAGUCCAACGAAUUUUUCAAAAAUAGACGCUGCGACUGCAAAACGUAUGGCUACAGGAGGUUGUUUCCAUGGGAAAAGGUCGAAGAAGUGCGCAAAAAAAGGGUCAAAGUCGAACCGGUUGAAUUAAAUCUCAUUUUGAAGAAAGAAGAUUUGGAAGGAUUGUUUCAGAAGUUUCGGGACUACAUUAUAAAGCAAAAUGUUGAUGAGAAGGCGGAGUUUGACCGAAAUAAAAAUAAUGAAGAAGCGAUGAACGAUCGACAAAUCAAACACGAUGAAGCUUUGCGUGUCUUCUUAGAAACGAAUUCGGAUGUUAUUCGCGAAAUUGCAAGAUGUUAUCAGCAGAAUGAAUGCUUAAGGUUGCAGCAAGACGAUAUGGCGUUGAUAAUGAAGCAACAGAUGGAACUGGAAGAUCAAAGACACCAAAAUGUGGACCAGAAACUAACAGAUAUUCACUGUGAUGUUCGGGAGACGAAGGAAAAACAGACACAGAUUGAGAAGAAUACUGAAGAGAUUUUAGAAGCGGUUCAAGUGACGAAAAAUGAAGGAAAUUCUGAAUCUGAGCAUAUUAAAGAGGGAGUCACUCAGGCUGUGGAUCAAUUAUAUAUGGGUUUCGUAAAUACUGUACAUAGUAAUCCGGGGUUAAAGAAGCUUGUACUAGGUCUUGGAAAUACGUUUAACGUAAAAUUAUAAUUUAAGUUAAUUGUAAUAUAUAUAGGGUUUUUAUAAAUGAUUCUAAGGGCGUA